AUGUUCCGAGCGCGGAAGUUCGUUGAGGUGCCUUCGAAGCGCGUGCUCACGGGAUUGCCAGCUACGAACGUAUUAAGUACGAGUAAACGACAACGUCUAGAGCAUUGGGAUGCGCUCUAUGCGCCACGAUCGGGAGGUGUAGGGGACAUGGAGGAGAUCUCGUCGCUUCUAAUGGAUACAAAUACUUGCACGAUCGUCGAAAGUGCCAGUUUAUCGCCUGUGAUACUGGAAGAAAUGCGGAAAGAAUGGCCACAAUUGUCAAGACAGGAGCGUCAUCAAGUUUAUUGCUGUCGAGUGUCGGUGCCAUCGGCGCGUCAUCGAAGCGGACGUCAAUGGGUUUUAUACUUUGUGUUUGUAUUACGGACAAAAGUGCUGCUAUGGCAACAAGAUCGUGGAAAAGUGAUUUUACUGCAAUUGUCCGAUGAACUCGAGUCGACUGAAGUGUUGUACCCGUUUUUAUUUGCUCUUUAUAGCCAGAGUUUAAGUCUUAUGGUCGUGGGGAAGAGUGGCAUUGUGCUCUUUUGGGAAGAUAUUGAAUUGCCAUAUGAGAGUGUACCAUUGAGUGUACAAAUUCCAUUGGGAGUUAAUGAACAAGUUAGUACGCAUCAAAAUGCGACCAUGAUAGCGACACUGGAUGGAGGACAAGAGGAAGAGAUGCAAGAGGAAGUUACUGGACUCAUAUGCUGGAGCAACAAAGGCAAUGUGUGGGAAGUCGCGGUAGAAGAUCGACGCAUUCGUGUACGAGCUUUUGAGAAACAAAGUACAGGCUUCUUUUCCGGAAUUACUAAGUCAGUCUCACAGUUCUUCUUCUCCUCGACGGCGUCGAGAGCUGGAGCGGAUGGAGGAGAAUUGAAUGUAAACCAACCAAUUCGACACUUGAGACUGCUACCAUCUUCUAUGGGAAAUGCAACAUCGAUGACAAGUAGCAAAGAGGAGGUCGACGAGAUGUCCGAUAUGUUGGUGUUGUUUCAAGACGGCAUGCUGGAACGACGCUCGUUUAAUACUGGAGAUGUGAUGGAUUGCUCUUAUGUAUCUCAACUGCAGUUUGAUGCUAGUCGCGUAGCGAUCAGCUACUUUAGUGACACCUUCCCUAACGCACAGUUGGCAAAAGUGUGCAUUGUUUCGAUGCCAUACGUGUACGAGACAUGUUUCGCUCUGCUGGUGGCUUUUGUCUGCCUUUCGUCACGAGAUGGUACAACUGCGAAAGUCAAGUUUGCACUGUUUCAGUUUUCGCUCGGAGCGAGAGAUGAUGACGCUUCACCCGAGUUGGAGUGGGUAUACAUACUGGACUAUGAGCCGGUCUUUGAUCAGCAAGCUGCCAAUCAAUUUUUUGAGGUCGAGAGCUUUUCGAUCACGCGUAACGCCCUGUAUCUCGUGUGGACAAGAGUGGAGCCUGUCCAGUUUUGUACAAUUCUUUUGCCUCAAGUUGGACAAACAAGUGUGCGAUCGGUAGCGUUUUCGCUUCAAGGCGCUGAAGGAAGACUAGCUCUGGCAUUUGGUGCUCGCGUUGACCAGAGUUCAUUCGAUAACAACGCCCUGAAGGGUUCAGUAUCGUUUUUGCUCAUAGAAGAAGACGCGAAGUCACCGAGUGGAUCAGUGUGCGUAGCCACCGCCUCGGGUAUGCAGAAACUGGAAUAUUUGGCGGCUUCACUUCCUUCUGAUGUAUCUAUGGAGAGAACACGUCGAAGACACGAAGAAGCAAGCUCCUACGCCAACGAAUCGUCUAACUUUCUGGGAGAGAACCUAACUGUUGAGGACUAUGUUCGUUUGAUCUUAACGCACUUCCAUGAUGACCCAAAGUCCGCAUCGACCCUGCGUGUGAGCGCGAGGGAUGUGGCUUCUGUAGCUCAAGCUGCUGUUGCUGUGGAUUUCCAGAUCAUGGAUGCUAAAUCAUCAUCUGGACUGCGAUGGGAGAAAGGAGCAAAUGACGAUGCGCCACCACAGAUCGAUGCACACGAAACUGAAUCUGAUAAUACUUCUGUUACUCCAAAGCUGGUGCGCUACCAAUUAGAAGAAAAAAGAGAUCGUCAUGUGGCGUUCAUGGAGUUCCUGCAUCGCCGGUGUGUAGCCGUUUGGGAGUUCAUUCAAAAUUCCAGUGAGCUUCAGCGCCAUUUGACGGAAAACGAAGAGAAGCUGCAAGGUGCAAUUGCUCUAAGCAAAUUUCAAGCGUCAAUUGUGUCUUUGAGCGCUACGGAGAAGGAGGUUUCGUCAGGAGUGCGACAAAUUCGACGCAGGUUAACGGGAAAGUUUCUUUUGCACGCGAUUGAGAAAACCGUUGAGAAGCGCGGUUAUGAGAAGGCACAGCUUCGUCUUGCGGGUUACAAUUCCUUUGAUGUUUUCUACUGCGAAGUGAGCAAGAUUGCAGAGCUUUUUCCGCACUUGGGCGACGAAGUUCAAAACCUGUCGACGUCAAUUGGCGAGAGCGACCCGACAUAUCUUUAUGCGCUGCUAGAAAGCGGUAGUGCCAUGCUGAGUAUGCUCUGCACGCCUGUGCAUAGCUCUACUGCUAGUUUAGCACCCAGAGGAAAUUGGGCGUUCACUUGCGAGGUGCGAGAGGUUGUGGCUAAACAAAUUGCUCGUCUGUCUAUUCUUGCGGGAUACUCGCAGUCCGGAUCGUCUGACAAGCAGAUUCGCUGGCAGUACGAUGAAGUCUUCGAGCUCACGGAUCAGAUUCAGAGACUAGGAACCAUUUUGCUGGACGAAUACGCUCGGUUCAUCCCUCUUGCUUUAAGCGAGGAAGCAGGCGAGCUGCGCAAGGAGGAAGCGUUUGUGAAGCGUGUUACGUUAAACCCCCUGAUUCACAUCGCAACGCAGACACCGUCCCAAGAAAGUGACAUAGCAGUUGACUUUGAUCUGAAUGGAAUUGUUACGCGCAAGCGAGUAGACUUGUUCAGUCAAUGUGUCGAGCUUUGCGAAAAGUAUUCCUACUUUGAAGGCAUGGUUUAUCUUCUUUUCGUUGAAGACUCGGAGAACCUGUCAAAAUUGGAUUGUGUCCUUGGCAAACUACCCAAGAGCCCCGCAUCAAAGAGGUUGGAGUCGUACUGCAAGAAGCACGAGGGCUUUGACGACUUUAUUUUCCGCUGGUAUAACGGCGAGGUUCAAAACCCAUGGACUCAAAACAAUCAAGAAGUAAGUGCGUCUUCUCCGACCAUGAUUGCAUACCUGCUGGCCCAUCCGCAAAUUUUUGCGCCGGCACUCCACAAAUUCAUGAAGGGCCGUGAACACUUGAGGAAAUACCGCUGGCUGACUGCGGUCUCAAUCGAGCGUUAUGAUCAGGUGGCGACACUUGCACUACAUGAAGCCAAAGGAGAACAGCGGUCGUUGCCGAAGCGCAAGACGAUGGCUAGCAUUGCUAAAAUUGCCUCCUUUGCGUCGCCUAGUCUAUCUAACUCUGAGAGUGUUCGGGAAAUCAACCGUGAGCUUGUGCGCGGAAAGCUUCAGGAGCUGUUAUUGCAGCUACCUUUAAAAGAGCCCAUCGAUCCGCAGCCGCUUUUGCCUGAAGAGUUGGUCAGCGCGUGCUUGAGAUCAGCCCUCUCGGUCGAGAAAAACGACCCUAUGAGGAUCAACAUAUUUCUGAUGGCGCUGGAAGCAUUAGAGACACUAGCAACUGAACCACCGACCGAGGAGUACAAGGAGAUGCGUGCCGGUAUGUGGCGAUCGUGCCUUGUUGAUGACAACGAGCUGUGGGACAACCUUGCAGCUGAAUCGGCGGCGGGUGUCAACGAGGAGAAAGUAGAGUCACUAAUGCGUCAAACGCUACUUUACAAGGUGAUGAAAGAGUACGCGGCGCGGCCAGAGCAUCGGACGCGUGGCGUUCAUUCUACGGCAGCAUUGACGAUUGAGGUUAUUCGAGAGCUAGUGCACCAAGAGGAUAAUGUGGACUCCGCCGUUAGCGUUGAAAGCGAGCAGCUGCUGAUCAAGACGCUGCAUCUGGCGCUGCAGUAA